AUGCAAGAAAUAAUGAAUACUUUAAAGAUUGGUUGUAACCAUGAAAUGGUUUACAAUCUUAAAGCUAGAGAAUUUGGGGGUGCAGCAGCAGUACAGCAACAACCAUGGCAAGUUGGAAUUACCAUUUUGCCCUCGGAAAUCGAAGCAAGAGGUGCUAACCUUCAAGAAGAUCAACAGCAACAGAUUAUAAGUUACAGACAAGAAGUUCCAUCGUGUAGUAAGACGAUCAUGGAACAGAUUGGAUCACCAGCUUCUGCAGUUUUCGCGACUGAAAAAUAUUUAGGGUUUUCCCAGAAUGGUGUUCGUCGGUCUGUUCAUGUUAACGAUGAAACUGAUGUAUCUUCUGUACCUCAGCAGAUGAGAUUUGAUAAUCAUUUUAUGCAACCUCAUGACAAUGGGAUCUUCAGUUCUUACCAGAGAUCAUCAUCGUUCAAGAUGAGGUGCAGUAAUAAUCAGUCGGAAAGAGAUCAGAUUAGGGAACUUAAAAGAAAGUUACUCGACGAAUCUGAUACUUCUGAUUGGAGACAAUCACAACCCUCUAUUUGUUUUGAUGGAAAUCAGGAUCUUGGUCAGGGUCAGUUUGGACGUAUAAGACAAGCAUCGGGGCAACAUUCCGUCAACUGUACAAAUCCCGGAAACGUUAUGCCAAGUAAAACACGAAUCCGAUGGACUCAAGAUCUCCAUGAUCGGUUUGUGGAGUGUGUCAGUUGCUUAGGUGGUGCUGAAAAGGCGACGCCAAAGGCGAUACUGAAACUUAUGGACUCCGAAGGGUUGACGAUAUUUCAUGUCAAAAGUCAUUUACAGAAAUACAGAAUAGCAAAAUACUUACCAGAAUCUGGAAAAGGAAAUUCGGAGAAGAGAACUACCAUGGAUACGAUAUCGCAGAUUGAAAAUAUAACUGGCAUGCAAUUUAAGGAUGCACUACAAAUGCAACUUGCUGUCCAGAGGCAACUUCAUGAGCAGCUAGAGAUUCAAAGGAACUUACAGUUGAGAAUAGAAGAACAAGCAAAGCAACUUAAGAAGAUGUUUAAUCAGCAUCAGCAACAGAAAGCUAAUAAGUCCCAGAACUCGGACAUCGCAUCUUCGCAUGAUGAUCACCACUCCACGAAUCUGAAUGAUGAUGAUGAUACUUUAAACUUGGAUGAUGAUUCUGCGGAUACCCUUUUCCCAUCCAAGAUAAGCUAGCUAGCUAGCUAGAUUUUCAUCAAGAAAGCUCAAACAUUUUUGAUCAAAUGUCCAUGUGUGUUUAUGAGUUGUGGCAAAUGCAUGAUUGCCCAUUUACAUGAUUAAGAAGCAACUGCUGCAACUUGAUUAAGGGAAGGGCCUUUUGUGAAUGAACUUUAACAUCUGAAUGUAAAUCGCGUGUUGUUUAUACUGGACAAUUAUACUGUUAUCUUGGGUAGAAAUAAAAUCUGAC